ACUUUCAACUUCCAAAUUUGUACGCAAUUUGUGUCUGUUUUACCGGGUUCUUCCAAUUCCAAUAGCCUCGGAUCAAAAAAGCAAAAUUUACCUGGUGGUGCUUAUAUUCUCUCGUACCGGGUUCUUCCAAUUCCAAUAUUAUAUAUGUUGGAACCUCUCUCUCUCCAAUAUCCCUGUAUCUUCUGCACCACCUAACAAAUAGCAAUACCCAAACCCAAGUCACUUCCCUGUGACUUCCUCGCACAACACAAGCUCCUGAAAACUCUUAACCUUUUCCAAAACCUUUGGCUUUGUGUUCUUCAAAACCUCACUUUACCAUCAUUUUGGAUCUCAUGGGAAGGUACGUAAAUUAAGGUUUCUUUGAAAAACCAUGUCAAACAUACCAACAUCACUCUCUGAGAUUUGCCUCACGCAGUUUCGCCUAGCCAUGUCCACAGCAGACCCAUGGCCCUUCUCUUAAACCCCACCACAUGCUAGCUAACCCAAAAAAGACCACUUAAAUUUUGUAGUGUUUCCUCACUCUGACAAUGGUGAAGAUUCACGGAUUCAAGUUCGGAAAGCGGGUCUCUAGAUGGAUCGGAUGGAAGAUCCGAACCCGUACCCGACCCGGAUAUCAUCGCCUUGGUGGUGGUGGUCCUUCUCCUUCUAAAUCAUUGGCCAUCACUAAGCUCCUCAAGUGGGGUCGAAAGCUAACAGCAUGUGCCACGUCCUUGCUCACGGUGAGACACCACGGGUCGGGUUAUGCCCAGUUAGGAUCCAACCUGGAUCCGAAGGUACCAAAAGGGCACUUGGCCGUGUACGUGGGGGAGGAGGAUGGGGAGUUACACCGGGUUCUGGUGCCGGUGAUAUACUUCAACCACCCUCUGUUUGGGGAGUUGCUGAAGGAGGCGGAGGACGAGUUUGGGUUCCACCACCACGGAGGGAUCACCAUCCCUUGCCGGGUCACCGAGUUUGAACGGGUCAAGACCCGGAUUGCAGCUGGAUCCGGAAUUAAUACUCGUUUAGGAUUGGCGUGGACACGCUGAGGUGAUUUUUUUGUUUGAUUUCCCAAUAUAAGUGGGAAACCAAGUUUUUUUUUUGGAGUAAACAAUCAAAUUCAUCCUCAGUAUAUGUAAUGAAAUAGUCAAAUUAAUCCUUAAAUUUAGCAUAAUAGUAUUUUAACCUUGAACUAUGUUCAUCCUAUAUAGUUUUGUAUAUUUAGUUGUAUGUAUCCUUCAUAUUAGUUCACAUCUAGAUACUACGAUGACAAUUGCGAGGUGUGGUCUGAUGGCUAGCUCCUGAUCCAUUAACCAUCAAAUUAAGGUUUGAUCCUUACUUAUAAGAAUGAAUCACAUUUUAUGGUCA